AUGUCAGAUAAUGCAGAACCGAUUUUGACAAAGGAUAGUUCUUCGACUGAUCUACCAUUUGCCAAGCUCAAGAGCUGGCAAUGGUGGCUUUUGGUAUCUCUCAAUAUUGUACUUCUUCUCUUUGGUCAAUUCGCAGCUGUGCUGCUAGGAAGAUUUUAUUACGAUAAAGGUGGAAAUAGCACAUGGUUGGCAACGUUGCUUCAAACAGCCGCUUUCCCAAUUCUUUUCAUCCCUUACUUUAUAAUUGGUUCCUCUCAGAAGCCUACAGAAACAGCCAAUUCAGCUUCUCGUCUUCAUGUUUAUUUGGUAUAUAUUGUUCUUGGAGCAAUAAUUGCUGGGGAUAAUAUGUUAUAUUCAGUCGGACUCCUGUACCUCUCUGCUUCUACUUAUUCCAUCCUCUGUGCCACACAAUUGGUUUCAAAUGCUAUAUUUUCGUUUUUCAUCAAUCAACAAAAGUUCACCAUUUUGAUUCUUAAUUCUGUGGUGGUUCUUACAUUAUCUGCUUCUCUUCUUGGUGUCAAUGGUGACUCCACCGAACCAUCAGGAGUCUCGAAGGGGAAGUAUGUGAUUGGUUUUGUUUCUACUCUUGGCGCAUCUGCUCUGUACUCUCUCAUACUUUCCCUUAUGCAACUUUCUUUCCAGAAAGUCAUUAAGAAGGAGACGUUUUCUGUGGUCUUGGAAAUGCAAAUUUAUACAUCAGUAGUUGCCACUGGUAUCUGCAUCAUUGGUCUUUUUGCUAGUGGAGAUUGGAAAACAUUACAUGGGGAAAUGAAUACUUUCAGCACUGGAAGACUUUCCUAUGUCUUGACAUUGGUGUGGACAGGAGUAGCUUGGCAGGUUUGUGCCGUUGGCGUUGUGGGCUUGAUAUACAUUGUGUCAUCCUUAUUCUCUAAUGUCAUCAGUACCCUUUCAUUGGCACUUACUCCGGUUGCUGCUCUUAUAGUCUUUCAUGAUAAAAUGAAUGGGGUCAAGAUCAUUGCCAUGCUUUUGGGGAUUUGGGGUUCCAUCUCUUACAUCUAUCAGAAUUACCUAGACGACGCCAAAGUUAGGAAGACAAGAACCACUGCCGAAGCGCCCCUCAAUGAUUCAAUCUGCUGA